GCCCGGAAUAUUAAUAGCUCCCCGUAAUUACGAUCUCCUGAGCCUGGGACCGACCCCAAUGACGACAUUCGAAGCUUUGCCAAUCUCCUCAAUUCAGCUCCGUGUCUUCUCCGGCAUAAUCCCUGGUCUCCUUUCCUUUCCCAAGCUAGCUGUCUGGGAGCUAUGUCGACGCUAUUUGCACCCGCUGCAGCUAUCCAUGCUUCAAACUUCGGGACAGGCGAGGUGACAGAAAACGUAGGCAAAUACCAAAUCGGGCUCGUCUCCAGAAACCGUUGGAUUUAAGACUCGACUAAUCCCAAGUUAUUUUCCUCCCAAUUCCCACACACAACCGGUCAGACUUGUCUGAUCUAGUCCACUUUUGGGGGAGCAUAUGUUUCAGCCCGCGAGGGAAGUAUCUUCACUCAUGGAUGCUACUAGAUACUAGUAGAGUAAGUGGUAGCUAGGAUGGAGACUGGGCAGGGCAAAAGGUAGGAUGAGCUUCCGUCCCCGAGAGUAAUAUUACCCGUUUAAGGAGAUUCACCGCGACCCGCCCGGUGGUUCAUUGGGCCACGAAAAGAG